AUGUCAAGUGAGGAAGAGAGUGUUCUUGUCUUAGUGCAUUGCUCUGGGAAAAUCAAAAGAAGAAAAAAAUAUGGUGUGAAGUUCACUAACAGAGAACCAUUGAGUGUAUUCAUUAGUUCAUCAAGUACUUUGUCGGAUGUCAAGAACAGCAUCUUGCAGAAAUUUGGGGUAUUUGGGAGCAAGUUGGUGAAGAAGAUAUUCUACAAGAUUCCCAUCGCAGUAGUCUCGAGCGGUGUUCAGUAUGAUGCGUUCGUGUUAGCGGCUGAUGAAGAUAUUAGGGUUCUGUUUCAUUGCGUUAGGAGUUUUCCGGAGGUCAGAAUACACGAGCUGUAUGCGAAGUUGGAGGUUGCCGUCGAUAGUUCUGGGGCAUCGGCUCCAGUUCAUAGCUCGACUGCCGCAGGCGGUGUGUCUUGUUCGAUGCCUGCGGCCCGGCCAUCUGUUCCGCAGGUCGCAUCCCCUUCCUUCGCGACUGAUUUAGAACGAACGGAGGUAGUUGGUUUUGUACCUUUGCAUAAUCCUGGGGUCCGACAGCAGGCAUUUGAGGGGGAUACAGGUCAUGCCAUAGUUCAUGAAGUUCAAGGCUUCGGGGAACCUGAUCGAGUAGAGAAUGCAAUGCGGGACGAUGACUCUGACCAGGAGCCUAUAGAUAUCUUUGGGGACAGCGAUGAUGACACAGGUGCUAAUUCACAUGCACAACAAGGGUCUUCAAGUUCUGGCAUACAGCAGUACCCUCCACACUUCUCCACUCUAAACUUGGAGGCUCUAGGUCAACAGGCGGACGGAGGUACUACAAAUAAAGAUGAAGCUGUUCUGAGUGUGAAGGACUAUAGCAUCCGUCGAGGUGUUGAGUACCGAGUGUUGGAAUCGGACCAUCUGAAGUAUCAUGGAAAAUGCAAGGAGUUUGGCAAGGGUUGUAGUUGGUUGAUUCGAAUAUCGCUCCAUGCACGAAAGAGCACUUGGGAGGUUAGGAGGUACAAUGGUCUCCACACUUGCUUGGCCACCUCUAUUUCCAGUGAUCACCGUCAGCUUGAUUACCACGUUAUCUGUGCGAAGAUUUUUCCAUUGGUUAGUGCGGAUGCUGCAGUACCGAUAAAGGUGUUGCAACAAGCAACUGAAGCUGAUUACGGGUUCAAGCCCAGUUACCGGAAGGUUUGGAUGGCAAAAUAG